CAAGAAAAGAUGUAGCGCACAUAUGUAUCAGUACUUGAAGGAACUGAGCAUGUAGGAUAGAGUAAAACUGAAAUAAAACAUAACUGAAACCAGAACGAAAGCAAGUAUAGCAAUCUAAACAUGAUAUACUGAAUGCUGAGAUAACUGAAUGUAUUGACCAAUUGAUUCAUGUAGUUACUUGAUUAUGUCUGAAUUUCUAUAAAUACUGAAUAGCGUAAAACUGAACAUGCAAACUGAGAAUGCAACAUUUAAUCUGAUAAUGAUGCAUUAAUAACUGAGGCAUGUAUAAUUGAAUAACUGAAAUAUCUGACAUAGCUUGUGUAAUUCAAGAAUUAAAGGAAUACAUGUCUAGGGUCCUAAAUUUCAUGAGAUGAACUGAAUAAUAAUAUGGAAUCUGAUUUGGAACAUAUAUUUAACUAAUUUAUGAUGAUAUGUUGUAAUUGUUGAAACCCUAGGUUAAUCAUGAUUAAAAAAAUCAAGAACUGACUAAAAACUAGGGAUAUAAUGGGUGAAAGGAACCCACUAAUGAAAUCUCACAUCCCUGGUGAUGAAAUUCACGGAGAAAUACUUAGAUUUCGGGGCUGCAACUGCUGGAAACUUGCUGCUUUCUUGAACUAGGGUUCUUGACCUUUUUCUCUUUCUUGCUUCUAAUUUUCUAUGUUUUGAUUUAAUGAUUUGACUUUGAUAAGUUUUUUUUAUGUUUCUAAGCUUAAACUAACUAAAAUCUAAUGAUUUAGGGUCAAAACGACGUAUCUUACGGUUUAAACAAAGUGGGAAAAUACAAAAAGACCCCUGAGUUAAUUGUUGUAGGAUCGAACAACGACCUGGACUAACGGACAGUCGUUUAAUCGAUGGUCCGUCGUUUAGGUCCGUAGGUUGAUCUUGUUCGACACGCCUUUACUAAAAUGGGCAUAAAUUUUUACUCGGAGGUCUAAGUUUAUCAAGAUUGGUGGCUAUGGAAAUCUAAUUCAAUUAUCUAUCUGUGGGUAUGUCAUGGGACACCUAAUUCAUUUUGGUCUAAGAGUUAUGAUCAAUUGAAGUUUACCCAACUUUAUUUCCCCCUAAUUCUCUGUUAAUUUCCACCUAUGGAUAUUCCUACGGAACGUAGAUCGAACGACGGUCUGUGAUGGUCAAUCGUGGUUCAUAUCAGAGAGUAGGUGAAUAGGGUGUCAAUUUGACGGAAAAAGACUAUGAACCGUAGUCUGACCUAUGGACCGUAGGUCCGUCCAUCAUUUGACACUUAGUUAAAUUUUUCUCGACUGAGAUUUUGAGGGCUCAAUCGAUGGAUAUGUAGAACGGACCCUGGCUUAGGCUAUGGUUCGUCGAUGGAAACCUUCGAUUGUACCUACAAAUUUCCUAAAAAGCUAAUUUUUGGUCAGUUUCAGAUACGGGGUGUUACACCUACACAAACUCUUUGGAACAUCACUUCCUUUAAUUCUAAGGUUAAAACAAGUCAUCACUUAAAUCUUUACACUCAUCACUCAAGAUGAUUCUAUCCAAAGGUAAUUUAAAUUUAUACUCUCCAUUAAAGGAGUUUAUUCACACAAUCUCUAGGCAUCACUUAACACAACUAUUCCUCAAAUCUUUUCAACAAACCUUAAAACUUCAUCAUGACCUUCUACAAACAUAACACAUAACCAUAAAGCAACUCAUCCAAACCAAAGAUUUCAUUCUACCAUAAAAUUUCUUGCCUAGCUAGCCACAUUACCACAAAAGCAUCUCCACUUACCUUUUUCUCCCUCGAUCCUUGAAGCAUUAGCCCCUCAAGUAGUCACAUAUAGAAGACCGUCGGACAAGGAAUAAAAGAAAAAUAUUAUAAAGUUAAGCUCUAUGACACGAGACAAGAGUAAUGAAGAAAGUGAAACUUCCUAACGUCUUGUAGUAUCUUGCUCAUAGAUGUGUUGCGACUCACACCAAUGAACAACACUCUACUAGACGUGGCUUGUGAGACAUAAGCCCUAAAAACCAUUCCCAAAACCUUAUGCUCUCACACCAUGUUUUUCACGACCAGAGAGCACCCCCUAGUCGUAACGUGGCAUAAUCGACCUCAAAGAGGUCUUAUACAAGCCCCAUAGCAUUCAAUCAUAAAGAGAAAUGAAAAGGAAUUAGAACUUUUCAAACCCUACUUCAAUAACACGACAUUUAAAAUCAUAGUGGAAGCCUACAUCUCACAUGACCAUCUUACCAAAACAUGGAACCUAAAGAUAGGGUCACGACCCUUCACAAUCAAAAGACUUAAACUAAACUAGACAUAACCUAUUACAAAUUAAAUACAUGAAACUUAUAUAUACUUGUCCCCAAAUAAUGAGGACUUAUACUUGGUCAUGUGGAACUCUUCCCAAGCUCUUGAAUCUAGAGAAAUUUAUCUCUUGCCAAAACCUACAGUUGUAGUAAAAAGUAGAAGAAAUAUGGGUUAGCACAAUUAAGUACUAAGUAUAAUACCAUGCAAAAACAUGCUUAGAAAGGGAUAUAUCGUUUGAAAGUCAUGCAUAUGUAAUUUUGAUUAAACUUCAUAAUUAAGAGCUUAUUAGGCAUAAUCUCCAAACAAAUCAACAUACUAAUUAUAUCUUCACAUUAGGACAUAUUCAACACACAAGCUUUGGACAAUACAUGUUCCUAAGAAUAAUAAAGGUAACAUUUUUCACAUAAACACAUUAAGACCAUUAUCUAAGGACAACUCUAAAUCAUAUUUGUACAAUGAAUGAGUAGCAUCCCAUAAUACUAUUCACUCUAAGUAUUCCAUAAAAUCACCCUAGACUACGCACAUUUAUUAUCACCAUGUCAAGAAAAGAAAGUAACUCGUAAUACAACUUAAACCAAGACAUACACUAUUAAAUAAAUUACAUGAAUAAACAUUCAAUAUUAACUUAAUAUAGAGAACAUAAUUCAUUAGGCAUUAAGUCAACAUCCUUAAUAGUGUACUUAUGAGACAUAAUAGCAUAACCACAUAAGUAAUCCUAGAUUGCACUUGUGUCAUGUGUAGAUAAGGUACCAUAACCCUGCUUACACUAAGUACCAUCUUUGGACUACCAUUCUAAUACAUAUCAUACAUUAGUCUCAUCCAUAGUUCAUAAACAUAGUAAAUUGACAUUCAUAAUCAUGUUCAUAUUCAUAAUUCAUAAACAUACUUCAUAUUCAUAGAAAAUAGACAUACUUCAUAUUCAUAGCACAUCACAUAAUGCAUAUUCAUAGUGCAUAAACAUAAUACAUAUUCAUAGUACAUAAACAUAAUGCAUAUUCAUAGUACAUAAACAUAAGAGAAAUAUACCAUGACUACUCUCAAAGUCCACUUGUGCCAUGCAUUAAUGACAUCCCAUACUACCACUCAUACUAAGUAACCCUUUGAGGAACAAUAGCAUAUAACUCACUUUCAUAUUCAUAAUUCAUAUUCUUGUUCAUUAGAGGGAAUAUAACCUUAACCAACAUAGACCAUGUGAGAUAUAUAGAAUCCGUUGACAUAUGACCCCACACCAAAAAGAGUUUUCCUAAUUGCCUAAGGUAGAACUAACAUAUUUAGCUUUAGUAUGGAUCCACUAGCUAAUACAUAUGCGGGCACAUAGUUAUGGGAUAGAGAGAUUGCUUCUAAAAACCCAGCCUGACUAGCGAGAGAGUUUCCAUCUCAUGAGACCAUAUGUAAAAGACUUCCAUAUCUUCUCGGUGCUAAGCAUUUUUCCCAAACUUAUACAUUAAUAGUAUUUAGAUUGUAUCUACAUGUGUGAACGAAUACUUUAGCCUUCAUUCAAUACAAUUCAUAACAUAGUUUAUUGAUUCAAUAAUAAGAGAACUACCUUUCACCUUUAAAAUCCUAAUAUACAUGUCAGAAAUUCUUUCACAACAUUCAUAGUGUUUUCAUGAGAAAUCUCUUUCAAUCAACACAAUAGGAUCAUAAUAGACAUGUAAAUUUCAUAUUUCAUAAUGUGUAAAGGUGCAUAUGAGGACUAUACUUUAAUCGACACCAUAGAUAAACCAUAAUCAUUUUUAAGCAUGGUGUGUGUGUUUAAUUGUCCCUAAUAUGAUAUAACAACAACAUUAUCAUGAUAACCACUUCCCUCUCAAAGUGCUCAUAUGCAUGUAAAUAUUAUCAUAAUCAUGCAUAAUUUUCAUAUAUUGUAUUCAAGGAUUUAUAGACCAUGCAACUUAACACAUCCACAUUCAUUAUACAAGACAUGGAACCAAUCGUAAUUCAAUUAGCUCAUUUAUUCAUUACAUGUGUAUACUCAUACAAUCAUUAUUGCAAGUCAUGUGGAUAUAAUCCUUCCACAAAAGCACUAUAUACAAUUCAACAUGCACCACAAAUAAGCACCUUUACCAUAAGUGGAUCAAACAAUUCAUAUAUAUAAAAAUCUUGAACAUAGGCUAUAUUCAUACAUUUCCUUCAAGGCCAUACUUCAAGAUUCAACGGUUACAAUUUACCCUUCAAGGGUGUAACAACCCUAAAAAUGAAAUAGAUCAAACUAGAGCUUUGCAUGUAAUUCAUGAGUUAAUAAUGAUUCAGAAUAGUGUAUUUUAGCAUUGGAAAUCAGUUUGUGAAGUUUGGAGGUCAAACGUCCAAGACAUUCGGAAAAUAUGCCUUGGGAUUUCCUAGUAUGUCCAUCAUUUUGGUGCAUGUUUGGUGUCUAAAACUAGUGGGGAUGACCCUAGUACCUAGAGGGAUGUACCCUGUGUCAAAACGUUUGAGUACGACUCCUUGGGACCACCAUAAGGAGGACCAAAACGUUGGACAAAUGAGCUAACCAAGGCAGCGUGCAGCGGCAGAUUUUGAAGCCCACCUCGUGACGCGCCUGUAGCACGAAGCUCACUACCUCAAAAUGUUGAAAGUCAAGAAUCAUAAGUCUCUCCGCGGCACACAGCCCAGUCCCUGAUUUGGCUACGUUGUUUUUAAGUCAAAUUUGAAUUUUGAAAGGGUCCAAAUGGUGUAGGGGUCUUUUGGGAGCUUUGGGGAUCAUUGUUGACUGAUUUAGGUCAUUUUAAACCUCUUUUCACCUAUCAUUUCAAAUCUAAAGAUCAAAUAAAAUUUCUCCAAAGACCUCCAUUGAAGAAGCUUCAAGCUCCAAGGAAGAGGACCAAGUUCUUCACGUUUUCUUCACCAAAUUUGUGGGUUUCUUGAUAUUAAGGUUGGAGGCAAGUUGAAGGUUAGAAGGAAAGCUUGGGAAUCGACUCUCUCAAGACUAAAUGAAGCUGAUAAUUUGAUGAAUGAAGCCCAAGUAGGUGGAUUUGUUGACACUGAUUUAACUGCGGAAGCAGUUUGUCCCAAUAUAACAAAGGGUGAAUGCAGUAUUAAAAUAAAAGAAGAGCAGGUAGAACAAGAUGGUGUAAUAAAUGAUGUAGGAAAUGGUGGUGACCUUUUAUUGAUAUGGCAAAAAUGGGAAGAAGAGAACGAUAGGUGGAUGGAAGAAAACCAUACACUUUAUCUAGACUUCAAUAGUCAGAAUGAGUUUAUGACUGAAACUGCUGAGCAGCCGUCUGAUUUGAUCAUACCCUUGCUAAGGUAUCAGAAAGAAUGGUUGGCUUGGGCUUUGAAGCAAGAAGAAUCUAUAGUUAGAGGCGGUAUUCUUGCAGAUGAUAUGGGGAUGGGGAAGACUGUUCAAGCCAUAGCUCUUGUGCUAGCUAAACGUGGAAUAGGGCAAGCAAUUUCAGAUUCCGGUUUGCUCUCACCUGCCCCCUGUAUUCUUCCAGCAGUGAAAGGAACCCUUGUUAUAUGUCCAGUUGUUGCUGUAAUUCAGUGGGUCAACGAGAUUGAACGCUUCACUACAAAAGGAAGCAACACAAUUUUUGUAUAUCAUGGUGCCAACAGGGAGAAAAAUAUUGGCAGAUUCGCGGAAUAUGAUUUUGUUAUCACUACCUACUCAACAGUGGAGACUGAGUACAGGAAAAAUAUCAUGAUUUUGCGCUCUAUGAAUUGGAAUCGUAUUAUUUUGGAUGAGGCCCAUUGUGUGAAAAAUAUACGCAGCAACACUACAAGAGCUAUUCUUUCGCUAGAAUCUUCUUAUAAGUGGGCCUUAAGUGGUACUCCCCUACAGAACCGUGUAGGAGAGUUGUACUCACUUGUCUGUUUCUUACAAAUUACUCCUUACUCCUACUACUUCUGCGAAGAUUGUGAUUGCAGAGCUCUCGACAAUAGCUCAUUCGAGUGUCCACAUUGCCACCACCAAUCUUUUCGACACUUUUGCUGGUGGAAUAGAUAUAUUGCCUCACCCAUACAAUCUCAAGGGAAUCAUGGGUUUGGUAGAGAUGCGAUGAUUCUGUUGAAACACAAAAUUUUAAAAACCAUAAUGCUAAGACGUACUAAAAAGGGAAGGGCUGCUGAUCUUGGACUUCCUCUAAAGAUCGUUACCUUGCGCAAAGAUUGUUUCGAUGUUAAGGAAGAAGACUAUUACAGAUCACUGUGGGAUGAAAGUCGGGCACAAUUCAAUAUAUACAUUCAAGCUGGUACGUUGAUGAACAACUAUGUUAACAUUUUUAAUCUACUCACACGCAUGCGGCAGGCCGUCGAUCAUCCUUACCUUGUGGAAUGCUCAAGUUCUGCUUUGGCUAGAAGUGGAAGAACAACUAAUGUUGGCUAUGCUGAACAAACAUGUGGUUUAUGUCAUUAUCCAGUAGAAGAUCCAAUCGUUAAUUCUUGCACACAUGUCUUUUGCAAGUCAUGUCUAAUAAACUUUUCUGCAAUUGUGGAACAACUUUCAUGCCCUUCAUGUUUUAAAUCAAUUACAGUGGAUUUCACAGCAAAUGAUCAGAAAACUAAAGCAACAAUCAAAGGAUUUAGGUCCUCGAGUAUAUUGACCAGAAUUUGCCUUGAUAAUUUUCAGACAAGCACAAAAAUAGAAGCGUUGAGAGAAGAAAUAAGGUUCAUGAUUGAAAGAGAAGGUUCCGCAAAGGCAAUAGUCUUCAGCCAAUUCACAUCAUUUUUGGAUCUGAUACACUAUUCUCUACAGAAGUCGGGGAUUAAUUGUGUUCAAUUAGAUGGAUCCAUGACUAUCACUGCAAGAGAUUCUGCAAUUACAAGAUUUACCAAUGAUCCAGAUUGCAUUAUAUUUCUUAUGAGCUUGAAAGCCGGAGGUCUUUCCCUGAAUCUUACAGUGGCAUCACACGUUUUUUUGAUGGAUCCUUGGUGGAAUGCUGCUGUGGAGAGGCAAGCUGAAGAUAGAAUCCAUCGAAUAGGGCAGUUUAAACCAACAAGGAUUGUGAGAUUUGUGAUUGAGAAUACAAUCGAGGAGAGGAUCUUAGAGUUGCAAGAGAAGAAAAAACUACUUUUUGAAGGGACGGUCGGUGGUGCUUCAGAGGCAUUGGAGAAAUUAACAGAGGCAGACUUGAAGUUCUUGUUUGUAACCUAAAUCAAUUUUUGUUCAGUUACUGUGUCUUGGAGGUUCUGGAUCUUUCGGACGAACAAGUUGCAUUGCAAUUAAAUUUAAAGUUAGAGUUGACUUGACUAGCUCAGAUAUAUAUGAUCUGAAAGUGUUGACAUGCUUAUAUGAUGAGUUUGGACUUGUCCGCAAAUUUUGAUUUAAUUUCAACGAG